GCCGUGUCGUGUAUGGUGUAGCAAUUUAAUACCGUCUUCAUCUGAUUUGGUCUUACUUCUAAUUUUCACCUUUUGAUGAUCUUCGAAUGAUUCUUUGUGAAUGAGGGAGAAAUAUGUGUGGCAUUUGUUGCGUGCUAUCAACUUCUUCAUGUCCUAGUGCAUUCCUUCACUCUAAGCUGCUGUCCAAUUUAAAGAAAAGGGGUCCUGAUUUGACGGGAGCAGUUGAAAAUAGAGUGGUUUGUCUUCAUCCUGUUCACAAAACAAGAUGCAGGAAGUCACCAAUACAUGUAGAACACUAUCUCAGUGAGGGUGUGGAUGUUGAGAGAAGUGACACUUCCAAGGAAUGCCAAGAGUACUCUUUGGAUCCAAGUAUAUCAAAGAAGAAUGCUACUUCUGGAGAACUUAAAAUAGAAAAUGACUCUUUAGCUAUACAGACAAAUAUUGAAAAUGAUGCGGAUAUUCACAAUACAGGUGAGAGCAAGGGCUCUACAGAAACAAUAGAUUUUAAGAAAGGUUCUGAUACGACGGAUAAUAAACAGAGGAAGCGAUGUGCAAGCUCUGAACGCAACUCAGUGUAUGGUUCAUUCUUCGGGCAGGUGCUUCAUCUCCGCGGUGACCCAACCCCUCAACCCGUUGAAGAUGAGCAGGGGAAUAUCUUGCUAUGGAAUGGAGAGGUCUUUGAUGGUCUUCAGGUUCAAUUGCGGAAUGACACCUCAGUCCUCUCUGAUCUCCUGUGCCAUGCAAGGAAUGCACAAGAUAUCCUUAAUGUGAUGGGAGCCAUUAGAGGUCCAUGGAGCUUUAUUUAUUGGAAGGAGAAGACUUCGCAGCUUUGGUUUGGAAGAGAUUUCUUCGGAAGACGCAGCCUCCUGUGGCGAUGGAAGCAGUCUGGUGCAAGGACGAUGACCUUUGGCCUUUCGUCUGUUGCCUCCAAGACAGAGACAGGUAUCCCUGUGGCAUCUGAAUGGAAGGAAGUUCCAGCCUCUGGUAUCUUCUGCCUGGAUGUUGCAUCCUGGUUUUCUGAAGCAUCUACAGGGAGGUCAUCAGAAAUUGUGUGGUAUCCAUGGCGACAUCCUUCACCCAAGUGUGCCAUGGUGAUGCCAACUUCUACCAAGUCUGGGGCGCACGAAGAUGGGUCCACAAGUGUUGAUCCAGCUCUCCCCAUUCAAGCUGUAACAACAUUGGAGAAAGAUGGUGUGAAGUCACCAAUUGGUGAUUUUCUUAAGUGCAUCACUGGAGAUGGUUGCCUCAACAGCCCCAUCUCUCCUCUGAAUAUGCUCUUACCAGACCAGUCUGCAGCACCCAGUGUGGGCUGUGAGAUGAGGAAUGAUGAGGGGAAUGGAAGGAAUGAUGCAGAUACUGAUCUUCAAGUGAGCAGAGAACUGCGGGAGAAGGCUGAGGAACUGAUCAGGGUGCUCGGAGAGGCAGUUCGGAAGAGAGUGACCAAUGUGCCUUUGGGGAAGGAAGCAGUUCAUGCAAGCCAUCAGCUUCAGAAUCUCCAUUUGGAAUCUCACUCUGGUGAUGGUCUGAAACCAGGCUUAUCCAGUACAGAGCCAUGUUUCAGGACUGAAGAGGAUGGUCAUGAAGUGGCUCACAGGAACGAUGAGGAAAGAACUAGGCACAAGAACCAUCAAGACAGAAUCAUCCAUGAUGUUAACAUGAUUCAUGGGAAGCCAGGUGAUGAUGAUCCUUCCUAUUCUUCACAUCGAACAAACCACAUCCCUUGUUGCCAUGGCGAUGACCCUGUUGGAACCGUGAACCCAUCUCCUGACGGGUGUCAAUCAUCUCCCACUGAUGGCGCGAUGACUGCCUCACCCGGAGCGGAGGACCUUGCGCACGCUGGGAAUGUUUAUCAGGAGUGUGACAGAGACAUACCAACAUGUAGCAACACCUCGUCUUCUUCUGCAGUCUGCUGCCCUCGUGGUCAGGGGGAAGAGACGAAGAGCAGUAGAGUUGGGGUGCUGUUCUCCGGUGGCUUGGAUUCCAUUGUUCUGGCUGCUCUGGCGGAUAGGUAUGUACCUGAUAAUCAACCCAUAGAUCUCUUCAAUGUGGCCUUUGAACAGAGGAAUAUUACCCACCAAACCAAAAUCAAAGACAGGAAGAAAAAAGACCCCGAACUACAGACGAAAAGCUUCGAUGUUCCUGAUCGUCUGACCGGCAUAUCAGGUUUAGAGGAGCUCCAAGCAAUCAGCCCUUCUAGAAAAUGGAACUUUGUAGAGAUCGAUGUCACAUUGGAAGAACUCCAAGCAAUGAGGUCCGAGUGUCUGUGCCAUCUGAUCUAUCCUCAAGAUACUGUCCUGGACGACAGCAUUGGCUGCGCCAUCUGGUUUGCUGCCAGGGGCCAAGGCAGACUGAUCACUCCCAGGUCUCACAGAGCGAACUGCAUUGAUGAAACCUAUAACAGUCCUGCUAAGGUUGUGUUGGUAGGCAUGGGUGCUGACGAGCAGCUAGCUGGUUACUCAAGACACAGAUCAAAGUUCAAGUCAGAAGGCUGGCUUGGUCUCAUAGAAGAAAUUAAGAUGGAGGUGGAUCGCAUCUCUGCUCGUAAUCUUGGUAGAGAUGACAGAGUAAUAUCUGAUCAUGGAAGAGAGUCUCGGCUACCUUACCUAGAUGAAGACGUUGUCUCCUUUCUCAACAGUCUUCCUAUUAACCUCAAGGCUGAUUUAAAUCUUCCAAGAGGGGUUGGUGAGAAGCUUCUUCUGAGAGUUGCAGCCCAGCGUCUUGGCCUGGGCGCAUCUUCGAAGCUACCAAAGAGGGCGAUUCAGUUUGGAUCCAGGAUUGCCAAGCUUGAGAACAACAGAGAGAAGGCCUCUGACCGAUGCAACAGACUUGAGCAACAGGUUGACUGAGGGUGUACUGAACAGCAUCUUGGGUUGGAUGUGUCCUCAAAGCUCCAUAGAGGGGAAUAGAGUUCCGAUCCAGAACUGCCAAGCCAGAGAACAACAGAGAGAAAGCCACUGACCGAUGCAACAGACUUGAGCAACAAGGAGAUUGAGUGUUGCAGAACAGUGUCUUGGCCCUGGAGUACUCUCAGGGCUGCCAAAGAGAGCUGUCCAGUUCUGGUCCAAGAUUGACAAGAUUAGAAACAACAGAGAGAAGUCGUCUGACUGAUGCAACAGUGGAGCGUUGUGGCCCAGUGGAUUAGUCUUCGGACUUUGAAACAGAGGGUCGUGGGUUCGAAUCCCAGCCAUGG